AUGGUCCGCACACUGUAUGCCAUCGGCACCGUGUUUCUUCUGAUGGGAUUUCUGCUACCGACAGCAGAAGGGAGAAAGAGGAAUCGUGGAUCUCAAGGCGCUAUCCCUCCUCCUGACAAGGAUCAGCCCAAUGAUUCAGAGCAGAUGCAGACACAGCAGCAGUCGGGCUCCAGGCAUCGAGAAAGAGGAAAAGGCACCUCAAUGCCUGCUGAGGAGGUGCUGGAGUCCAGCCAGGAGGCACUGCACAUCACUGAGCGCAAAUACCUAAAACGGGAUUGGUGCAAAACUCAGCCCCUCAAACAAACUAUCCAUGAAGAAGGCUGCAACAGUCGCACCAUUAUCAACAGGUUCUGCUAUGGCCAAUGCAAUUCCUUCUACAUCCCCAGGCAUGUCCGCAAAGAGGAAGGUUCUUUCCAGUCUUGUUCCUUCUGCAAGCCCAAGAAGUUUACCACCAUGACUGUUACCCUCAACUGCCCCGAGCUUCAGCCUCCUAGGAAGAAGAAAAGAAUCACCCGCGUGAAGGAGUGUCGGUGUAUAUCUAUUGACUUGGACUAAGCCUAGAAAUGCAUUGUACCGAUUGCACUCUGACUGUCUGCAAUCAUUGCCAGUGUGAGUGAGUGGCAUGAACUAGCAAAGCUUUGGGGCUGGGUGAAACUGAAAGGAACCCGGUGAAUUACCUAAAAAAUAACAGCUAGCCAAACAAAAAGAACAAAACGGAUGUAAGGGAAGAACAGGCACAUGUGUGUAAGAGAGAAAAAGGGUGUGUCAUGCAAAUAUAUGAAUGGUCACUCUGAGAAAAAAAAAAAAAGGGUAGGAAAUAUUAAAAAUCUACUUACCCACAGUGAUGAAUAAGGUUUCCUAGCAUAUAUUUACAUUUUUGUCACUUACUGGAAAAGUGGAGCUGUGGCUUUUGCUAAUGUUCACUUGCCAUGCUAUUUGCUUUUACUGUAUCAUGAGAAACAUCAAUGUGAGAGGACAAUAUAUCUGAAAGCAUGAAUCUAUUCUUAAAUAUGAAGUAGGAAAAAAGCAGUUACACCAUAGCAAAAACAUCACUGAAAAUAGCACCUUUAUCAAGAGUUUGUAACAUGCUUCUUCAGAAAAAUAACUAAUACAAAGGCUGCUUUUGGAGAACAAUGGGGAAGUGGGAGUGCUGAAAAGUCAGCAUAGGUGGAUGGAAAACAGAACCACAGCAAGUUAGAAUGCAAAAGGCUAAAGUAAGUAGACAGGGGGAGAACAAAAGGGUGUGGAAAAAGGAAAGAUAC